AUGACACUGUUGCCAUCAUGAAGCUGACUUUUGUCAUUUUCUGUUUGACUACAAUAGUAACUUCUCGACAAAUACCAGCAGCUCAAAAUGAUAAAGACUUUGCAGCAAAUCAAGAAAUUGUUAAAGAAUCUGCUGUUCCACAAGACACAUAUGAAAAUUCAUGUUUUGAAGCAUCAUCUGAUGAAGAGGAGGAUGGCAUCAUAAUUGAUGGUGAUAUAUUAGUGAGUAAAGAACAAGCAGCAAUAUACUAUGAGAGUGGCUGGGAUGGACUAGUAAACUCUGAAGCAUGGGAAAAUACAAAAAGAUGGGGAAAGAAGAUCCCAUAUAAAAUUAGCUACAGCGAUAAAGAAAUGAAGGACAAUCCAACCGAAAUUAACAAAAUAGUUGCAAAUGUAGAAAGUUCAAUGAAAGCAAUAGAAGAUAAAACAGGAUGCAUUAAAUUCUCUAAAGCAUCUUGCACUGAUUUCAUAAGACUAAAAUUCAACAUAGGGAAAGAUCGAAAAUGCUACACAACAUUAGGUCGUCCUGUAUUUGGGAAUCGUGACAUUAGUCUUGGGUAUAAUUGUGCUGGUACUCCAUGCAGGGCCAUGACACCAGCACACGAGAUAAUGCACACAAUGGGACGCCAUCAUGAGCAUAACCGACCCGAUAGGGACACCUAUGUAACUAUAUAUUCAAAAAACACUUGUCCUACUCAAAUGAAGAUAGUGAAGGGAGCUGCAACAAAGGGGAUUGAGUAUGAUUACUAUUCUGUUAUGCAUUACAGUCCAGGGCAAUGUGCAACUUCCACUCACUUAUCAUUCAGCAUUAAAAAGAGCAAUAUCCUCAUUCAUAAUGUUGGGCAGAGGAAGCUAUUAACUGAUAAGGAUAUACAGCACAUCAAAGCUAUACAUUGUUCAAGUAUGAUGAUGAGACUGGUGGGUGGGAGAGAUAAUAGUGAGGGACGUCUUGAAGUUAAUAAUAAAGAAGUUUGGGGAACUGUUUGUUCUGAUGGAUUUGAUACAAAUGAUGCUAAUGUUGUAUGUAAGUAUCUG